AUGUCAGACUAUGAUAGCGACGACGAGGUGAUGGGGAGUACUUCAGUGCUUCUAGGGUUUGCUGGAAAACUCGUGGGGAACCGUGGAAUCACAGCCCUGGAUAAUCAUAUUGGUGGCGUGCCAAUCUGGUUGAACGGCACCAAACCACCAUCAGAUCUGACGUCGUGUGAUGCAUGCAAUGGGCAUUUGGGUUUGCUGGCUCAACUUUCUUGUCCUUUGGAUGACAAGCUAUAUGACCGGGUUAUUUAUGUUCUUGGGUGCCCCAAUCCAGAAUGCAGACGGAAGAAUGGAAGUAUCAAGGCUGUUAGAGGAAUCCACGAUAACGAGGAAGUUCGAGCACGAAUCCGGGCGGAGAUCGAACAUGACAACCCCACUAUCAUUGAAUCCAAAAAGCACAACGUGGGUGACAUGAUUUUUGGUGGUAGUACGAUUUCAUCCAACCCAUUUGGUGGCUCCAAUCCGUUUGAAAUCACGCCUAAAGAGUCUGAUCCGCCCGCUGACUCGAAAAAAAAGAAGCCCAAGAGCAAAUCUCAGACUCAGACUGAAGAAGAUGAAACUGAGGAGAAGGGUGUUUGGCUCCAGAAGCUCGUCGAAGUCGAUGAUGAGUAUUUGGUCCCAGAAAAACCUGUUAAAAUCGAAGAAUUAGGCUCUGAUGUAAUGGAGACUUCUUCAGCUUCUGGGCCCGACAGCACACUUGACCCAGAGGCUGCAGCUAUUGCCGAGGCUGUUUCUGACCCUAUCUUCAGCAAAUUUGCCAGCCUUGUUCAACACAAUCCAGACCAGGUCUUAAGGUAUGAACGCCCGCUCAAAAUUGUGCCUUACUCGAAUGACGAAAUCUACCGGGUGUUCAUUAACCCCAAUGAGAUUCCUGACAGCGAAAUUAGUGGAGGACGCCGUAUUUUCGAACUCCAGUUGAUGCCUCAUCUGAUUUCAGAGCUGGAAACAGACGACCAGCUUGUCGAUGGCAUGGAAUGGGGAACCAUCGUAGUCGCAACCAGUGAGGACGACGAUAUCCCAGAUCUAGACGAUGAUGGAGUUGGGUAUGUUCAAGAAUGGGCUGGUGUUCAAUGGGAACUUCAGAAAGCAUGA